AAAGGCUGGCGGAGCGGCGCCGGCUGGAGGCGCGGCGGAGGGCGCUCGGGCUAGCGGGGCGGCAAGGCAGCCAGCCAGCGGCUCGGGGUGUACGACCCGGCCACGCCGGCUUCUCCUGGACCCUUCCCCGCCCUUUGCUCGCUCGCUUUGAAAAGUUUUGCCCGCGGAGCGCGGCGGUGCCAGGGGUGUCCAUCAGUUUCCCAGCCCGCUAUGGGCGCUGCACCCCCAGCCCGCCCCCGCCGGCGCUAAGGAAAGGAGCCGAGGAGAGCGGGAAGGUGCAGCGAUAAGGAGCGGAGCCGGCAUGGGCGGGAGUCCAGCGCGGGGCUGAGCUCCGGAGCGAGGUGUGCGUGCGGAGCUCGGCGAUGGCGCGGCCGCAGCGGGCGGCGGGAGAGGAGAGCUAGCGGCGUCGGCGGAGCUCCCCGAGCCGCACCCGGGACGUGUCCCCGUGUCCUCGGCAUGGCCGGGGCUGCCCGGGGCGGCGGGCCCCGCUGCCCGGCUGUCAGCCUGCUCCUCGGAGUCCUACUCUGUGGCGUGACAGACUGCCGAGGGGUCUCGGACAAUAAUCAGAGAUUUUCUUCAUUACCAACAUACCUACCUGUCAGCUAUCGGAUCUUCAGUGCUGAGACCACUUUCUUUCUCAAGGAAGCCAACCAGGACUUUAUGAGAAAUUCCAGUUUGCAGUCCAGAGUGGAGUCAUUCUUCCCAUAUAAAGCCAAGAGACCACCUAUAUUAAAUGCCAGCUAUGGACCUUUUUCUGUGGAACAAGUCGUGCCCCAGGACCUAAUGUUAACUUCCAACUUUUUUGGAUCUGCAAACAAAUUUACUUAUAACUGGAAACUUCAGGCCUACAUAAUGAGCAACAAGAUUUACCUGAGCAAGCCCAAAGUCCAGGUCCUGUUCUACAUCGUGGGCCGGGACUGGGAUGACUACAGCACCACGGAACGGCUGCCCUGCCUGCGGGUGUUUGCCUUCCGAGAGACGCGGGAAGUCAGAGGCAGCUGCAGGCUGAAAGGGGACCUGGGGCUGUGUGUGGCAGAGCUGGAGCUCCUGCCAAGCUGGUUUAACCCCCCUACGGUUGUCACGGGCCGCAAGAAAUCACCGGAGCAGUUUGAAGGGAGCCCUGUGGAGCUUUACUAUACUAUUCAACCGGGAGAUGAGAAGGGAGAGUGUACUGCAGAGGAUAUAAGGAAGGGAAAUGCUAUCCGGCCAGGAAAAGAUGGGGUGGAUGAAACCAUGUCUCACUUGCAGAGGAUUGGAUCUGUCAGCCUCUAUCGAGGCCAGGAGACCUCUCGGCUAACGGAGCUGCGGCUGGAUAACAGCAUUGUUGUCUGGCUGCCCUCGAAGCCUGUCAAGCAAGGAGAGAUUGUGAACGUUUAUGUGACGAUUGCCAACAACUCCACAGUGGAUCAGUUCAUCCUCAGGGCAAAGGUGAAGAAAGGUGUGAACAUUCUCAGUGCAAAGACAAGUGACCCCCGGCAGUGGGACGUGAAACAAGAGGUGGGGAAUGGUGGAAAGCACUCAACCACAACAGUUAUUUGUCAGAGGAUAGCGCCAAGUUCAAGGAACAGAAGUAACAGUUUGUUCCAUGAGGUCGUGCAGCUGAACUUUGAAAUAGCCAGUUUCAGCAGCCUUUCUGGAACGCAGCCCAUCACCUGGCAGGUGGAAUACCCUCGGAAGGGAACGACAGACAUAACCUUGUCUGAAAUCUUCAUCUGCCAGAAGGAUCUUGUUGGAAUUGUUCCACUGGCAAUGGACACAGAAAUUCUCAACACCGCAAUUCUCACGGGAAAAACAGUGGCAGUGCCCAUCAAAGUGGUCUCCAUCGAGGAGAACAGCGCUGUGACAGACAUCUCUGAGUCAGUGGAGUGCAAAUCCUCUGAUGAAGACGUCAUUAAAGUUUCUGACAGAUGUGACUAUGUUUUUGUCAAUGGCAAAGAAAUGAAAGGCAAGGUGAAUGCACUCGUGAACUUCACCUAUCAGUAUCUGAGUGCUCCUCUGCAAAUCACAGUCUGGGUCCCACGCCUGCCUCUUCAGAUUGACAUUUCGGACACAGAACUGAGCCAAAUAAAAGGCUGGCGAGUGCCAGUUGUUUCCAACAAAAGACCUACCCGAGACAGUGAUGAUGAGGAUGAAGAUGAGCGCAAAGGGAGAGGAUGCACUCUGCAGUACCAGCACGCCAUGGUGCGAGUCCUCACACAGUUUGUAGCUGAGGAUUCCAGCCCAUGGGGUCAGCUGAGCUACCUGCUGGGCUCAGAUUGGCAGUUUGACAUUACAGACCUGGUGAUGGAUUUUAUGAAACUGGAGGAUCCUCACAUUGCCAAACUGCAGGAAGGAAGGAUUUUGAUUGGACGGGAAGUAGGAAUGACAACAAUGCAGGUUUUGUCUCCUUUGUCUGACUCCAUCUUGGCAGAGAAGACAGUGACUGUGCUAGAUGACAAAGUGACCAUAACAGACCUAGGAGUGCAGCUGGUGGCUGGACUUUCACUCUUUCUUCAGCCAAGCGCAGCAAGUAGUCGGGCUAUUGUGGCUACAACUGUUGCCCAAGAGCUGCUUCAUACUCCUAAGCAGGAAGCUGUAGUAAGCACCUGGAUUCAGUUCAGUGACAGCUCUGUUACUCCACUGGACAUUUAUGACUCUAAGGACUUCUCCCUUUCUGCUGUAUCACUAGAUGAAGCUGUUGUCUCGAUCCACCAGAACGCUGCCUUAAAAUGGCCAAUUGUGGUAGCCGAAGGUGAAGGUCAGGGUGCGCUAAUCAAGGUGGACAUGAUGAUUUCUGAAGCCUGCCAGAAGUCCAAGAGGAAAAGCGUCCUUGCUGUGGGGAAUGGCAACAUCAAAGUCAAGUUUGGCCAGAAUGAUGCAGACUCUGAUACAGGUGGAGACUAUGAUGCUGAUGAGAUUGAAAACCAUGCUAGUGACCGUCGGCACAAAGUGUCAGAUCAGGAGCGCUAUGGCCCGGACGGACGAUAUUAUGGGGGCUCGUCGGCAGAGCGAGAGGAGGGAGCCAUCAGGAAAGUCAGCACCACAGCAAAAUCUGUCAUAAAAAAUAAGGUCAUUAAAAACAAUAGACUGGAUGGUGGCAAACUCUCAGAUGAUAGCCAGCUGCAGAACAUUCCUAUAGACUUCACUAACUUCCCUGCUCAAGUAGACCUACCCAAAGGCAAUGCGGGCAUGGAGGAAAAUGACCUGGUGCAGACACCUAGGGGCCUUAGUGAUUUGGAGAUCGGGAUGUAUGCUCUGCUAGGGGUCUUCUGCCUGGCAAUUCUAGUCUUCCUGAUAAACUGUGCAACGUUUGCACUGAAGUACCGUCACAAGCAGGUUCUGGUGGAAGGACAGACCACCAUGACCCAUUCCCAUGACUGGGUCUGGCUGGGAAAUGAAGCAGAACUGUUGGAGAACACAGCAGACGCAUCACCUCAGCAGGAUGAGCACACAACUAUUAUUGACCGAGGCUCGGGUUGCGAGGAGAGCAACCAGCUCCUCAAUGGCAGUGCUCAGAAGAACAUUCAGAGCCAGGUUCACAGGUGUGCUGACUCGGGGGGCAAGCCUGGCAAGGAACAGAAAUCUGAACCUUUACACUCGCCAACGUCUAAAAGGAAGCGGGUAAAAUUCACAACAUUCACUACCAUCCCACCUGACGAUGGCUGCCCUACUGUCAACUCAAUCCUAAGUAGUAAUGAUGAUGACAUUAAGUGGGUGUGCCAGGAUAUGGACCUGGAGGACUCCAAAGAGAUACGAAACUACAUGGAGAAGUUCAAAGACAAAGUGUAGCUCCUUGCUGGUUUGGUUUGGGUUUUUUUGUUUGUUUGUUUGUUUAACCACACCUUGAUGCCUUCAGUUCUACAGUAUAUAUUGGGACAGAAGAAAGGGUGGGGAAGCAAUCACCAGGAGAAAUGCUGAGGCAGUUUUUAUAAUCAGGGAAAGAAAUUUGCCAAACUGUCCAUGGUUUGUUUUUGCUUUUCAGUUUGUUUUGUUUUGCUUUCAGCAGCUGCUCUGCUACUGGUGGAUCUAGGAGGUGGAAUAUAAGUAGCAGAAAGGAACAAGGAAAUGGUUGACCAGUGUGAUGAACUGGGCAAGAUGAGGUAGUGAAGAUUUUUUUUAAUGGGUCAUUCAAAUAAUAAUAAUAAUGAUAGCCACGUUGCAAAGUACCAAAAAUACUUGUAAAAAGGCAAGUGAGAUUACAAGUGGAUGAAAAGAAAAAGCAAGAGACAGACAAUAACUUGUCUGUAUUUCUAAAUAAAGCAUCACAAUUCUGGACCUAUGACCCACGAGAAGACUUCUUAGAUUGGUACUCAAUCCAUUUCGUGUUAUUCCUUCAUUUGAAGUGAAGAUGUGUCCUUGAUAUUAUGUGUGGAGGAGGAAGAAAGUACUUGGUAUUUUUAUUUUUAGAGUUCUGUUUGUCUUGUAAGUUAAACCAGAAUGAUUUUCCCUCUUGUAUUUUUUUUCUUUUAAAUAUCUUGAACGCAGGAGAAUUUUCAAUUCACUAAGUUCACAGUGGACCAAGAAAGUUUUGUGUCUCUUAGCUAUAAAUGACCUCCUGUAAUGUGAAGAAUUCAGAGGCUAAGUAUUGACUAAUGAUUUCCACGUGGUCUCUCUUCUGAAAGCCUAAGCCUCCAUUGUUUCACUCUAGCUAGAAAUAAGUUCUAUCUGGGAGGAGUAUUCAUUUUACUUUCAGGUUUGGAUUGUUUAUUUAGUUGUUUUUUCUUGCAAGUUCCACAACCAAAGUUCCCAUCUUUCACCAAGGGAAGAAGGUGCUGUUUUAUGUUAGCUUUUAGAAGUAACAACCGAUGGGAGUGCCCCACUGGUGCAUUUGAAAUGCACCUGGAACUGAAACCAUCACAGGCCAAAUAUGUACAGCCUGGAUUUUGUUUUUUCUGCCAAGUCAAUUAAAUCACAAUUUUAUGCUGGAAUUUUCUGUUUCUUCUGCUGUCAUCAGCUCUCAUCAAGCUCAGAAAGUGAGAAGAAGAAUGGACAGAAAGACACUGAUUGUCCCCAGACUUUUAUGUCCUUGUACUGGGAGAGCUGGCCUCUGGACAGACUGUUGGGAGGGAAAUAUUACUGAAGCAAGGUGAAGAAAUGUCUGGAGCUAUUUUAUUAUUUUUUAUUAUUAUUAUUAUUAUUUUGGCCAUUGGACCAGCUAAGACUGAAAAAUUUAGACUAGAUUGCAAAGCCAAUAUUUCAAAUAAAUACAAAGCCAGUGAUAAAUCUGAAGCAAACGCAAACCAGAGGGAGAGAUUUCUUGUGUAAAGUGGCAGAACUGUGCCGACUCAAUGCCAGUUUGCACCCAUGGAGAACACAGACCCCAAGCUAUACGAUGAGGAAACCACUGUCAUCCAAAACCUUUUGUAGCUAAAAGGAAGAUGGUAUAUCCAGCCUUUUGGGAAGCAGUAUUAUGUCCUGACUGUUAGCCAGAAGCACUUGCAUUGUCCUGUCUUUACCAUGGUUUUUUUUCCCCUUUUCUCUCUCUUUUUUUUUUCCCUUUCUAUUUUUUUUAAUUAUUAAACUGCAUAGUUUGGGGUUUUUUUGGUUGUUUUUUUCUGUCACUUGGACAAAAUCAAUCCUGCCACCCAGUAACAUAGAUGGACAUUUUAACAAGAUAUGCCUAGUAUGCAUUGUAGACUGAAAGAAUGUAAUAUUUAUUUAUACAUGUUAUAUGAAUUGUAAUUAAAAUGCUUUACAUGGCUUGACAAA